CCACUGCGCAACGAUGGAGCUAUCGCAACGAUGGAGAUGACGCAAACAGACCCAGCUCUCCGAAAAAGUGUUUCAAGACGAACAUGGCGGCAACUUAACCGCGGUCCAAGAUGACAAUGGCCAACGGGAGAAAGGAUUCUAAGCUUUCCGCUCAGGUACGGGACAGAGAAACCAGCCUGCAUGCUUCAAAGGGGCUCGUUGCUUUCCUUUAAGUGAAUCUGCAAACCAAACGGAGGCAGACGCGCAGCAUCAGCACCGAGAGGCUCGCAACAGCUGGUCUGCCUGCGCUCCCAACCAGAGAACAAACCCGGGGAGAGGGAUAAGGAUAAGGAGAGGGGAGCAUGCGGUCAAAGAGGACGCCGUUUCCCCCCGGAGAGCCAUGGAGAACCGGGAUGCGGCAGCGCGAAGCUUAAUCUGUGCGGGCGCGCUAAUUGGAUCGGAAUAGCACCGAUUGCUGCGGGCGCGAUAGAAGGAGCGCCCUGGACCCGGCGGAGGCACGGCACCCCACCGUUACAGGAGGAGAACCAACCGGAGUCCAUCCCCCCCAAAGUCAAUGAGUAUUGUGGCAGAGCAGCCCCCGCGGUGGAGUCGGCCAGGGCAGCACUUUCCUAAAAUAUGACCAGGGGUGCUUGGAUGCGUCGGCAGCAUGAUGAAGGCUUAAAAUACUGGUUUGCACCCCGAGAGAACGAGAAGCCAUUUACUGAGUCGGAGCGGGCCCAGAGAUGGCGACUGUCGCUGGCCUCUCUGUUGUUCAUCACCGUCCUGCUCUCUGAUCACUUGUGGUUCUGCGCCGAGGCGAAAUUGACGCGAACCCGAGACAAGCGGUCGGACGAGGGGUUUGCAAUCACGGACAUGGGCGAGUACACAAACUCCCAACACCACCACCAACACCACCACCAUCCUAUCCCAACAACACCUGACCCCCACCUUCUCGCCAGAAAGCAAGAUGUUAUUUUUAUAGGGAAUUCUACCAAACCUCUGUGGCGAAUGGACACCUGUCUCCCCGACAGCCUGUCCAAAGACUGCUUUACUUUCACGGACGCGAAGACCGUGUGCCGGGGCCUCUCCGAUGGAGGGGAAAACGGGACACAGUUGGCGUACGUGAAUCUGAGCGAUUUGUACCUUUCUUUUUGUAAUUCGUACUCACUUUUGGAUUUGUUUAACGGGUUUACGAGUGUGAACGAGUCUUUGAAUUGCACCCUGGAUAUGACCACGGGGGAGGAUCUGCAAGGAUGCAUGGAGUGUGUCAGGGCUUAUCAGAGUCUUGACCGGAGGGCGGCGGAGAACUACCGGGAGUUUGAGCUGCUGGUUCGAAAAUACGAGACGGAUGCAUACUCAGUUAGGACAUGCAUGGAGGAAUGCAAGAUGGUUUAUAAGCCCUGGCUGUGUUCUCAGUACUUCCACACCACCCAGAUCCACUGCGGAAAGCGAAUCCCCUGUGGUCAGUACUGCCUGGAGGUGCAGCAGCGGUGCCCCUUCAUCCUGCCUGACAAUGAUGAUUUAAUUCAUGGAGGCAGCCCCAGUUUUAUAUGCACAGGGCUGCUGGAGGACUAUCCAUCAGGUGUGGACCCACAUGCAGAGUGCUGUGACGUGCGGUGGGACUUGAAAGUGGACAACCGUUCCUGGGGGACCCUAAAAAGAACUCACCCGCCAUGCCAGCACCGUACCUCCCUCAGCUCCUCGGCAGCCUGCAGACUGUGUAACAGCCGGCUCAAACUCUGCCUGCUGGUCCUCGUCCUCCUACACACUGUUGCCAGCCUCACUGCAUCCCACAAUACAACAGGACUGGGCCUCCCCACCAUCACGCCUCUGGAGGAGAGCCCUGCCAACGAGGAGUGAUAGAGCUGCCAGGAGGAGGUGAGGUUGUUGGGGUGGGGGAUUCCCUCACCAUGGCAACGGAUGUGGAAAAAUACAGCCACAGUUGUGCGAACGGCUAGAGCUGUGUGCCUGUGGACAUUCUUCAACACUUUCUGGCAAAUGGAAAAUGUGGGAAGCUUUGAGACGAAAGACACACAAAUCAAUCAAAACAAAUAAAUAAGUAAACAAACAGACAUGCUAAGGGAUUCAACCCAUCCCUUAGGUAGACAAGGGGACAAUGCCACAGCCUUUGUUGAGUGGAAAGGUCGGCUUCCUCAUGGCUGAAUUUCUCUCACUACGCUUUUUUACACUGUGUUCCAAUUAUUGGUUUCUGUUGCACUGGCUGACUAUGGAAUAACACAAUCAUAUUCUCUUUUUAAUGUUCAUCCUUUGUGUUUGUUUCUGGGUCUCUCUUACAGGAAGAUAAUUUGUUCUCUAAAUAAGACAGAUAAUGUGUAGAAAUUAUUAGCUGCAAGUUUGUGUGUGCGUGUGUGAGGUGAUUUUACAUUUAAUUUGAGCGUGUGUGGGCGAGUGCGUGGUCGUAUGCAUGUCUUGAAGCCUGUGUGGAUGAGAGUGUGAGUGUGUAUUGCAGACUUGUACUCUCAAAGUCUACCUAACAGGUUGUAGCGCUGAUACUUUUACAGAGGCCUGCCAAGAUGUCACUAAGCUCUGCCAUGCUGUUUUGUUUUGGUUUUUUUGGCUACAGCCCCUUAAAAUGUUAAUGGGCUCUUGAUGUGGUCGGGGAUUGAUGCCUGUAAUAAGACUGAGGGUAAAGGAUACAAGUACUAACAAUAUACUGUAUGUCACGUGACUCAUAUUCACAUGCACUUAGCACAUUUCUAGGAAUUUGAAAAAAAACAACAACACAGUAAAAUUCUAAUUAAAAGUAAUCCUUUAAAUGGAUAAAAGUUUGGGACAUCACGUUGUCUGACAUAUCUACCUCGAUAAUCACAUAUUGAUAAUUUACAAACAGGUAAACAACAUUAUUUUAAGGUACUUCUCUGACAUCCUGUUUUUUGAUUAUUAUAUUGAUCAAAAGGUAAAGAAAGUGCACUCUGUUAGGUGCCAAAAACUUGUAGAAAGUUUUGUUUUAGCUUUUAAUUGACAAUUUUCUUGUUCUGCACAUUUUGCCAUAACCCCAGUUAACACAAUUUAAAAAAAAAAAAAAAAAAAAAAAAAUGGAAGUAUCACAUAUUAAAAGCAGGGUAGUAACACAAUGAGUAAGGUUUUUAAGCUGUUUACCACUUUAGAUAAUUUUAUCAUACAGAACAAAAUGAGAUCAUUUUUACAGCUUGUCUUAAUCAGAAAUAUUAUUUCAGGCAUUUUAAUCCCUUAUCAGAAUCUGGUAAUUUCCAUUCAUUUUCCUUGGCAAAGCUAAUUGACAUCAGGAGUUUACCAGUGGAUUGAUAUUUAGUACUGUUGUUCCACAAAACCUUUUUUUUUUUUUUUUUAAGUUAUUAUGAUUAAUAUUUUAAGAAAUUAAAGGUACAGUCCAGUCAACAAUAAUGUUAGGGGGGAAAAAAAUUCCCUGUUUUCUGUAGUUUAUUAUGAAUAGUUUUGUUUGUUCAUCCAAAAGCAAAACUGAUGACUGUAUCAGUGGUGUGAUUUUAACCUCAGGCCUCUUUAUUGACAGGAAACAUGAACAUGAGUGGAUUGUACCUUUAGACGCUUCUCAUUAUUGGAAAACUGUAUGCGGCUAUGAUGAAAACUAGGAUCAUAACACAUCUGCGGUAGUGUGAAGGAAAACCCCCGACCCACAAAUACGUACAUUACAUUAAUGUCCCGACACCCUGGCUGUACAAUGCAUUUAAAUUGGCAUUUUAUGUCUCGGCAACAUGAAAUAUUUGUUUGAAACAGCCACUUUGUUUUUGUUGAACCAAAAUGUGUAAUCUAUUUUCAUUAACUGCAUGUGGAGGCUGUCUGCCAGCUAAUGACAGCCUCUUUCGUUACGUUCUUGACCUGUAAGCGCCACAUUUCCCCCUAAAUCAGCUCCUGUAGCAUGCCCACUGUCCUGUACUUCUUUCCUCAAAACAUCAAACUAAUGUCUCAUUAAGUAAAGGGCUUAUUAAGAUACACAGUACACAAACAUUACCAUCAUCAGUGUCAGACACACCAAAACACACAGACAUCCAAAUUGUUAGACAAAAACACAUCUCCUGUUUUCACUCAUAUACCUGCAGUACAGAGGCAUUUCAAUGGCUGUUACUGGAGAGCAAGAACAGAAACAAACACAGAGAGGAGCAUGUCAUUGUAUAUGUGUACUAAUGGCAUAACCUGAUAAUCGUCUAAGUCAGCUGAAACUUACAUAUAUUUUAUAAAUGUUGACCAGCUUGUGAGCAGAAAGGAAUGGUUUGACCUUAAGGGCUGACUUUUUCGUAGUUUCUUUUUUUCUCUCCUUCUUCUUCUUCUUCUCCUUCUUCUUCUUCUUCUUCUUCACUGAACAAGGCUGGAAGAUCAGGUAGUUACACGAUAAAUAAAAUUGCUGAAUGAAUUUCUUUUCCAUUCUCAAGUAUGUUGAUGACUUAAAUGAGAUGUCCAAUCCAAUACCUGAUGUCAACAAUUUUAUUACAGCUAAUAUGAGGAUUUAAAAACCAUUGUUAUCCAUGCCACAUCUAUAUAACAAAUAUAUCUGCUUAUUUUAAAACUUAGUGCUGUUGAAACCCUGCCCCAACUCUAGACAUAAUCAUCCCUGCUUGCAUGAAACAGCUCAUUGUCAUUUGGCACAGCACACCCAUGCCCAUCUUGGAUGACCGCAUUUAGUGAUAGAAAAAUGCUGCUAUAUUAUUGGCAACCAGUAGAUGGAGAUAUUUUUUAUUUUUUUGUAUUCCUACUGCUGCUGAAGACCUGCUGCACAAGGACUGUCACAAGUAACACUCAAAGCAGAAAGGCUGAGCUCCAGAAGACACAGUGAUGGGCCUGUGGGUGAAAGCGUGCUCUUUUGUGUGUAUGUAUGCAUAAAUUUGUAUCUGUUGCUAAUUGCUUUGUUUUCUCUGGAGAGCUUGUUAGUGACUGUGGGGCCUGAAGGACAGGUGUGACAAGCCUUCUUUGUUUUUAGACCCACAGGGACCUACAACAUUAGUUGCCCUUUUACUCCUUUCAGCCCUAAAGCUGCAUGGACUGUAGUGUUACGCAUUGUAUCAUACAAUGUGUGAUUUCAGUGCCACAAGACCAAAACAGAGAAGGGUAGAUUUAUGUUUUUAUUGCAUAUUUCCUUCUGUCUCAAAUGGAGUAGAAUAGGCCAAGACGUGGAAGAGGUGGGAAAAUUACCUAAAAGUGGUGCCAAAGCAUAUCUUCUACUGAGUCAAAUAACCCAGACUAAAUAUGGUUACAAAGUGCUUUUCAUAGUCCAACAUAAUGGGUGACAGAAGAAUAACAGGGUCUACCAUUGUUGUAGAAAUGUGCCAUGUUAACGAAAUAUGAAACGCACUUCACAGGCGUCGUGUAACCCCUCACCAAAAGCACAUGUAGAGGAUCUCUUGGAGACAUACAUGUAACUUCAUUCUCCGUUCGUGUCAUGUCAGUGGCCAUGCUCUGAUGUAACAACCAUCACAGGUUGACCGCUGGACAUAACUUCUAUCAAUGACCCUGCAUUCCCAAGUCAUGCAUAACGCAUGUCUGCUCCUCAUGCAGUAAUGCAUCCUCACUGAGCAUCAGUCGCAUGGGUGCGAAUGCUGUGCAUAUGUGUCGUCCUUCAUAUCCCUCCAGAUGUUACUGCACCGAGUAUGGACAUAUGUGUGCAAGAUUUUUUCUGAUCAAUAAUACAGUAAGAUUUGAGUGAAAUAUAUCUCUAAUUUGAUUUUUGUGUUGGUAAUGCAGGCAUGCACUCAACAGUCGCUCUGCUGUGAGCAGUUUAUUUCUUGUGUUAUGGAAGUUUUUUAUGUCAUUAUACAGAGAUGAAAUUGCAUAGGGAUCCUAUAGAUUCAGUCUAGAUCCUCAACAAUGGUCUGUAGCAGUCGUAGGGUAUGGUCUGUCACAUUCCAUAAUACACCAACCUACAAAACCUGAUUUUGUGUUCGUUCCCCUGCACAUGUAGACAAUGUAUGCCUCUUGCCCUUAUCCCCUGUGCACCCACCACCAAAUGUUAACUACACAAAUAUUACCCUCUUUCACCACUUCUCAGCCUCUCUCUGUUUUCACAAUAGUUCUGUUCUCUAUCCUGUGGAUCUAUGCAGAAGCCCAUUCCUCUUUUGGUUGUAAAUAUGUUCCCUAGUAUGCUGAACAAUGUAUGUCUUUAUGUCCAGGUUUCCUGUGUAUUUUUGAGUUAAUGUCAUGAUGUUACUUUCUUCUUCUUCUUCCUCUAUUUUUUAUUUUUAAAUUUUAUUUUUAUUAUUUUUUCUUCUUUUGAGCGUCUGAAAUCCUUGUUGUUAAAGAGAAUGUGGUGAGGUUUAACCAAUAGACUUGUACUCAGCUUCACAACCUUGUUGUGAAAGGUUGUGAUUCUGUGUGUGUGAAAGUGAAAGAUUUAUGACUAUAGAAAUGAAAAAGGUUCAAAGGCAUAUAGAAGUAUCAUUGCGAUUAUGAUUAUUAUGAUUACUAUUAUACUACCAGUAUAUUGUAAUAUGAUAGAUGCUUUAGUUCAAGUAACUUCUUUAAUUUUUUUACAAACUUUGAUGAAAUGAUUUAUAAAACAGUCUCACAAGUCAUGAUCUUUUCGAAAAGUUAUGAAAACUACUGCUACAAUGAUUAAAAUUGUGUUCUGAUGAAAAUAAAUACAGAUAUAUAUA